AUGCAGUCUGUUGCCGCAUCCCUUCGUGCUCCUGUCCGUCGCGUCGCUGUGCGCGCGGCGAACGGUGCUCCCCGCAUGGGCGCCCGUCAGGCGUUCCGCCGGUACACUACCGAAGCGCCCAAGCCGAAGAGCAACACUGCGCUCUAUGCUGGUAUCGGUGGUGCCAUUUUGCUUGCUGGCGGCGCCUACGUCUUCUUGUCUCCCGACUCUGCGGAUACGACUGCCAAGAAGGGCGCACAGGCCGCAAAGGCUCUUGCCAACUUCACUCCGUCCAAGGCCGACUACCAGAAGGUCUACAACGCGAUUGCCGACAAGCUUGAGAAGAACCCGGAAUACGACGACGGUUCGUACGGCCCCGUUCUCGUCCGUUUGGCAUGGCACGCGUCCGGUACCUUCGAUAAGGAGACCGGUACUGGCGGAAGCAACUACGCCACCAUGCGCUUCGCGCCUGAGGCUGCACACGGUGCCAACGCCGGCCUGAACCAUGCACGCGAGUUCAUGGAGGACAUCAAGAACCAGUUCCCAUGGAUCUCGUACGGUGACCUCUGGACACUAGGUGGUGUUGCCGCAAUCCAGGAGAUGGGUGGCCCGAAGAUCAAGUGGCGCCCGGGUCGCAUCGACGGAACAGCGGACAACGUGACCCCCGACGGCCGUCUGCCCGACGCGUCGCAGGGCCCGAAGCACCUCCGCGACAUCUUCUACCGCAUGGGCUUCAACGACCAGGAGAUUGUUGCACUCAGUGGUGCGCAUGCGCUCGGCCGCUGCCACACUGACCGCUCGGGCUUCGAGGGCCCCUGGACGUUCUCACCUGUGACCGUCUCGAACGCGUACUACCAGCUCUUGCUUGACGAGAAGUGGGUCUGGCGCUCAUGGGACGGCCCCAAGCAGCUCCAGGACAAGAAGACGCGUAGCUUGAUGAUGCUGCCGACCGACUACUGCCUCAUCCAGGAUAAGGCGUUCAAGCCCUGGGUGAAGGCGUACGCUGCUGACGAGGAGCUCUUCUUCAAGGACUUCUCGAACGUCGUCAGCACCCUGUUCGAGCUCGGUGUGCCGCGCGCUCAGUUCGUCGCCUCUGAGGGCUGGACGAUGGCCAACCGUGAGGAGGCGGAGAGCAAGUAG